GUAAUCGCCCCUGCAUCGUGCUAACAUGCCGUGUCCACCCAGGAGAGUCCAAUGCCAGCUGGGUGAUGAAGGGCACCCUGGAGUUUCUGUGCAGCAGUGACCCGGUGGCCCAGAGUCUGAGGGAGGCCUUCAUCUUCAAGAUCAUCCCCAUGCUCAACCCCGACGGAGUCAUCAACGGCACGAAUCGCUGUGAUCUGAACGGUGAGGAUCUGAAUCGUCAGUGGAGUAAACCAGACCCCGUCCUUAGUCCAACCAUCUAUCACACCAAGGGCUUCCUCUACUACCUCAACAGUAUAGGACGGACUCCACUGGUGAGACAUGUGAACCUUUAA